GGGAGACGCCGAGGCUCCUCUCUAAGGAGAUCUGGGAACCUUCAUGACUGGCUGAAGAGUCAGGGAUCCAGUGCGAGGUGCCGGAGAGUCUGUUUCGUGGUUGUUGCUGCUCACCGUUGAGGGCGUCGAGAGGGUCCACUUCUCCUGUUGCUGUCAUGAGCUUCAGGGCGGUGCUGCUGUCCUUCCUGCUGGUGUCUCUGAGCUGCUCCAGAGGAGCCGUCAUCACAGGGGCCUGUGAGAGAGAUAGGCAGUGUGGCUUCGGUCUCUGCUGUGCUGUUAGUCUGUGGCUGAGGGGUCUGAGGAUGUGCGUCCCCAGAGGAGUGGAAGGGGAUGAAUGCCACCCCUUCAGCCACAAGGUGCCCUACGCAGGGAAAAGACAACACCACACCUGCCCUUGUCUUCCCCACUUGGUCUGCACCAGGUACGCCGACAGCAAGUACAGAUGUACUGACGACUUCAAAAACAUGGACUUUUAACCAAACAUUGAGAUGAAAACAGAAUUGCAGAGGGCAACUUGAACCAGAAUCACCUUCACCGACUGUAUUCUUCGUUUGUUCGCUUUGUGUUGAAAUGUGAAGUUUGGAUUUUACUGAUGCACUCAACAACAAAAUGAAAAGAGAUGUAAAGGCAAUUAAACAAGAGCCUCUAUAGAUGUGAGACACUUUGUAAUCAUAAAAGCCGACGUUACCCAGAAAGUUAUUUGUGAGCCAUUAAAACAUCUGCCUUUUUUUGUGUGCUAAUUUUAUGUUAAUUUAUCAAGAGAAAAUGUACGAGCGUUACUGUCAAUAAAAGUAUAACAACA